GGGGUGGCGGCGCUGGUGCAGGCGGCGAUUGCGGCCUCCUCCUCCGGCGACGAGUCAGCCGCUGCCGCCUCCCGGGCCUCCCAGGCCGACAAGUCCGAGGUAGUGCAGCAGCUCCUGUUAGAGCACCUGGCCACAUGGGGACCUGCUGCCGCAGGCGGAGGCGCCGGCAGCGGCAGCGCUGGGGCUGCUGGGGCCGCCGGCAGCAGUGCUCUCGGCGGUGGUGGUGGCGGCGGCGGCCCCAGCAGCGGUACUGCCACCACCAGUGUCAGCGGCAGUGCUCGGCAGCUGAUCGCGUGUUGCAUGCUGGCGGCGCGCGUCAAGGCGGUGGAGCAGGGGCGAGGGCGGGCGCUGGAGGAUGUGGAGGCGGCGGAGGAGGUGGUGGCGUACCGGCAGGUGUACGAGCGCAAGCGGUCUUGCUUGGGGGCGUCCACGUCGGGCCUCCCCCCCGUGUCCCGCGAGUCCGCCCUGCUCCUCUCCCGCUGGCUGGUUGUCGACUCGGUGCUCGGUCGCAGUCGCGGCACGCUGCUGAGCUGGCUGGCGGAGGCGGGCGGCGGGGGGCGCGGCGGGCGGCAGGACGCGGCGGCGCACGCGGCGGCGGUGCGGGCCAAGGCGAUCAAGCUGCUGGGCGGCGCGAUAGAGGCGGACGUGGGGGUGCUGGGGAUGUCGGAGGUGCAGGAGGGCAUCAAGGGCGCACUUGGGGACGACAGCGUGCUGGUGCGGGAGGCGGCGGUGGACCUCAUUGGCAAGCACAUCAGCCGCCACGCCGGCCUGGCGUCCCAGUACUACGACGUGUUGGUUCGCGCCUCGGAGGACGCGGGGCUCACGGUGCGCAAGCGGGGCAUCCGACUGCUGUGGGAGUGCUGCGUGCGCUGUCCCGACUUCAGCAGGCGGGGGGACGCGCUGAUGAGGAUCGUGCAGCGGGCCACGGACCAGGAGGAAACCAUGCGGGCGCUGGUCACCAAGAUCUGCUCCGAGAUCUGGUUCCUGCCCAAGUUCCAAAUAGAGGACGAGGUGUCCCACGAGGUGUCCCAGGUGACCCGUGGGCCGCAGCAGCGGGCGGCGCAGCUGGGCGAGGUGGUGGCGGCGCUGUACGGCCGCAGCAGCGGGGCAGCGGUGCCCUUCCAUGCGGGACUGCCCAUCAUCGUGACCAUCCGGGGGAUCGUGGGGGAGGACGGCAAGCCCGAGUACGAUGCCGUACGGUCGGGUGCCCGGGAGGUGGCUGACGCGCUGCUGGCCCGGGCGCUGGAGCUGCAGGGGGAGCAGGAGCAGGCGGGGCCGGAGCAGGGAGGGGGACAGGGGCAGCAGGCGGGGACACAGGGGCUACAGGGAACACAGGGGCAGCAGGCCCCCGCAGCCGAGCUGUUCCAGUGUCUGCUGGCGCUGCACGCGCUGUGUGUGGCUGACGUGCGGCUGCUGCACCGAGCUAGCGACCCGCAGCGGGUGGUGAGGUGCCUGGCGCCGUACGUCAAGUCGCUGCCCCCCAAGGACCCUCGCGACCCCGCCUCCCGCCCCCGUGCCGAGCAGCUGGUGGUGGUGCUGGCGCUGCUGGGCGGCUGCAUGCCCCCCCUGCGGCACCUGGAGGAGGGGCUGGCGGGGGAGCUGGGGGAGGACCUGCGGGAGGCCAUCAUGCGGGUUGCACAGGUGCAGGUGGUGAGUGUGGCGGUGCAGUGCCUCUGCACCCUGGCGGCCCUCAAGCCGCAGCACCGGGCGGCGGUGCGGGAGCAGGCGGCGCUCUACCAGCGGCAUCUGCGGCGGGGGCUGGACUUGAAGAGGGCGGCGGCGGGGGCGGGGGAGCAGUUGAGCGGCUCCCUGGAUCAGCGGCUGCGCCAGUUCCCGCGCUUCCUGUACGCACUGGGACUGCUGUGCAGACACGGGGCCGACAUACUGGAUGAGACGGUGGAGGGUUCCGACCACCCCAGCUGCUCGGCCGCUCUAGACCUGGUGCUGGGGGUGUAUGGCGCCAUGGAUGACGUGAGGGGCGUGCGGGAGAACGCGCUGCAGGCCCUAGGCCACAUCCUCAUCUCCCGGCCUCAGCUGGCAGUUGCCGUACCCGGCGUCCGCCCCCUGCUGGAGGGCGCUCUGGGUCGUUCCGCGCCCGCCCCGCUCAAGAGCCGCUGCCUGGCCUCACUCACGGAGCUGCUGCGGGUGGAGGGGGAGGCUCUGGUGGGGCGGCAGGAGGCGGCGAGGAGGGAGGCGGCGGCGGCGCAGCAGGCUAGCACGCUGCCGGAGGCGGAGGCGCGGCAGCUGGCGAGGAGGAAUGGGGAGGGCGACACGUCUGUGAGCAGCAGCAUCGUGCAGUACCUCUGGGAGCGCAUCCUGGACCUGGCAACAGACAUCACCCCGCCUCCGCAGCCAACCCAAAGCGGCACCGGCAGCGGCGCCCACACCCCCCCGCCCACCCCCGGCGGCAUGGGCGGCGGCGGCGCCACCCCCACCGCGCAUGGCGCCGUGGUACGGCGCCGCGCCCUCGACCUCAUUGAGCUGGUCAUCCGCGACGGUAUCGUGGUCCCCUGGUCCGCCCUGCCGGCCCUCUGUGCCCUAGCCACGGAUCCGGAGCCCGACACCGCGGCUCGGGCGCUGCGGUGUGUGGUGGGGCUGGCUGGGGCGCACACGGCGUUCGUGGCGGGGCAGGUGCCGGCGGGUCUGGAGCGGGCGUAUGGGUUCCAUCGGGCGCUGGCGGCGGUUGGCAGGCCGGGCAGGCCGCCGGAGAUGGAGUCCUGCAAGCCGCUUGUGGAGGGUCUGGUGGGUGUGUGGAGCGGCGCCUUCCAGCCCGACCGCACGCUCAAGGCCAAGUUCCUGACGGCGCUGCUCAAGCCGCUGGACGAGGGGUGCUGCCUGGCCAGCGGCGCAGCGGCAAAGUCCGACCCGCACCUGCUUGCCUUCAUGUCGUACCUGGUGGCCGAGCUGCCGUACCGCAAGAUGGACGAGCUGCUUGCCGUACUUGUACGGCUGAACGACAUCCUGCGCAGCCGGGCGGAGGCGGUGCUGGGGAGGUUCCAGGAGCUGAGGCAGCAGGCGCAGGGGCAGCAGCAGCAGGGGGGCAAGGAACCUGCAGCUUCCGCCCCCGCCAACGGCGCCCCCGCUGCCGCUCCCCCCGCCUCGCCCCUUCCCAGCCGCGGCCCCUGCUCCUCCGCCUCCGCCUCCUCUGCCGUACACGCCCCCAACGGCCUGAUCGCCACCGUGAAGGCUGCCAUCGCGGUGUCGCUGCUGCUGCUGCUCAAGAAGUACCUACACACCGCGUACGAUCUGAGUCCGGAUCGAGCAGCAAAAUACGACCCCUCGGGGCCGCAACGCAAGGUCGAGGAGAAGCUCAACGCCGUGCGAACCCCCCGCCUCUCCCUGCGCUUCAACUCCUCCAAGCUAGGACUCGACGUGCCGGCCCGCCUUGCCGUACUGUACGGCGGCGGCCAUCACAACCACCAACAACCCAACGCACCUGGCUCGGUCCGGUCGGCUAGGACCGCAACCGCGGCAGCGGCAGCGCAGGGCCUUUCCUCGUCCGUCAUGACGGGUGGUGGCAGCACCGCAGGCACAGCUGCUGCUGCUGCCACAGCUGCCAGUGCUGCUGCUACAGCGGCAGCGGCGGCGGCUGUGCCCCUGUCAGCGAUGCUUUCGGAGCCGGGAGUGGAGGGCGUGUACAGGGUGUUGAAGUCGCUGAUGCUGCAGGAUGCAACGGAUUUCAGGCAAGCCACUGCGGGCGCCGGCGGGCCUGCGGAUACCGCCGGCGGUGGCGCUCCGCCCGCUCCCUCCUCCCCGGGCGGUGUAGAGGAGGCGGCGGAGGCGCUGGAUCUGGUAGCGGACAUGGCGACAGCGGGAGGGGCGGCGGCGGGGGCGGGGGCGGGUACCGGUAGCAAGAAGCCGCCGCUGGCUGCAAGAGGCCGAGGCAGGGGUGCAGGCCGGGGCUCCCGCGGCGGGCGCUCCUCGGGCACGACAGCAGCAGCCACCACCGGGGCCCGAGGUCGGGGCCGUGCUGCGGCACCCGCUGGCAGUGGCGGAGAGGCACGCAGCGGCACCGCGGGCAAGCGGGGACGUAAGCGGAAGGCCCGAGGGUAUGACAGCGAUGAGGAGGAGGAGGAGGACGAUGGCAGUGAGGAUGAGGGGGUGUAUAAGCCUAAGCCAACUCGCAGGAGGCUGGAUAAGACGUUGUGAGGUGGUGUGGUGGGGAUCGAGCUUUGGUGAGAGUAGUGGCGUCGGACAUGUUCGGGGGGAGGGAAGGAGGGAUUGUGGGAGGAAAUGGGAGAUUGUGUAGUACGGGUAGGUGGGGGCGGGAGAAUGCAUGCAUGGGUUUGAGAGUUGCUGCUGACAUUGCUGACACACGUAACCGACCGGCUCAGUGGUAUAUGCGUAUAGUUCUACGUCCUGGCUGGUCUUGGGCUCCUUGACGAUAUAGUUCAAAAGCUCCUUUCCUGAAGUACAUGUACGACGUACAUGUGAGGAGUUCAUGUCGACAGCCUGGUGGGCCCCACAAUCCCACAUGUCUUCAAUGUGCCGCAGUAUGCGGUUGACAAUUUUGCUGUCCGGACGGCGCCACGACAUCUUUGGGCGCUGAAACAUGACCCAAAUGGGCGGCUCUGUGUGAAAGGGGGCGGCGUAGGUUUUGCUUUGCAGCACACUUGUCGUAAGCAACUGCCGGGCUUGUAGGGUAGAGAUGGCGGAUAUGCGGUUGUGUGAAGUGCUAAUAACAGGUUACAGCACGCAAGGCCGAGGCACCCUGGCAACCAGGCGCGCCCCGGUGUGGUAUAUGAGCAUCUUCACGACAAGCAACCGGUUGAGUUAUGUUAGUUUUCCUUACAGUAACCGUCACCAAUGUGACUGCCCGUUGUUGGACGUGUUAGACUCACAGGGUGUGUGUGUAGCUUGGUUUUUGGGGCGUGUGGCGGUGGGUAUAGGUCCACAAACAUAAUGCAUGUUGAGGAAAUGGCGUCGGCGUCGGCUCAGCUUUGUACAUUCUGACGCGGACUCGUCAGUCGUGGGCAUUGGUACAUAGCACUGCGACAGGUAGUCCUUUCCUCACGUUGAGAUACGUGCAUGGGUGCGGAAUUGUGGAUAUGCCUCUUUCUGCCAGCAGGCAGUAUGGGUUGUGUCACUACCCUGCCCUGAUCUUGCCUAGCAUUGUUGCAUGCAAGCGGUAUGUAACACUCUCAAAUGCUUGA